CGUUGGCAACGUGGAGAGUAGCAAGAAUCGGUCAAGCGCUAUAAACAUUGUUUUCGUUUUCAGUAACAGACUAAACUUAUCAAUUAUUAACAAUAACAGUUAAAGCAAAAGUUUAAUAUAUAUUUAUUUUUGUAACUGUAUUGUUAAGUUGUCGUUUAAAUACGAUCCACCUAAACAACAUAACUAGCGCUCCUUUUAAAGCCUCGUUUUACAAAAAACAAAACACGUGAGACAUGCCUCCGAAGAAGAAGCCUUUCAUUGAUAAGAAGAAAGCAGUAACGUUUCACCUGGUUCACAGAAGUCAAAGAGACCCCCUGGCAGCAGAUGAAACUGCCCCACAGCAUGUUCUUUUACCUGUCAAUAAUGCAGCGGCUGAAAAGAGAAAGGAAGUACAGAGGGACUUUGGUGUGUUCUACGAUGAUGACUAUAACUACCUGCAACACCUCAAAGAACCCUCUCGUCCUGCUGAACUUGUAUCGUCCACAGUGCCUCAGAAAGAAAGUCGGAUUGUGAUUACCCAGUAUGGAGAGGUGGAAGAGGAAUCUGAAACAAUCGCUGCUCCUUCUAUCAAUUUGCCUUCCUCGGUAUUUGCUUCAGAGUUUGAAGAGGAGGUUGGCAUGUUGAAUAAAGCAGCUCCUAGAUCAGGUCCAAGACUGGACAUGGAUCCUGAUAUUGUUGCCGCUCUUGAUGAGGAUUUCAACUUUGAUGAUCCAGAUAACAUCCUUGAAGAUGACUUUAUCAUGAAGGCGAAUGAAGCAGCUGGCAAAGAUGGAAACAAUGACUUUGUGGACUCUGCUGAAGAUGAGUGGGAAGAUACAGAUGAAGAGCUGAGUGAUGAUGAAGGGGAAAAUGCUAAUUCAGAUGACCUUCUGUCAGAUGACGAAGGCUCACAGUUUGAUAGUAGAGACGGGAAGAUGAAAGAAUUUAUGUUCAUGAAUGAGGAGACUAAAAGUCGUUUCACAGAGUACUCGAUCACCUCCUCCGUGAUGAGAAGGAAUGAACAACUGACACUCUUGGAUGACAGAUUUGACAAGGUAAUUCUAACUGAACAAUUUGAUGAGGAUGAAAUUGGUGCUUUGGAUAAUGCAGAGUUGGAAGGUUUCAUAGAUGCAGGCAGUUCUCGGCUGCACCAAGUAAUAGAUGAUUACUUCAAGCAAAAAGCAAAGGAGUACCAGAAACCUGAUGAUCUUGGACCAAAAGAGCUCCCGGUAUUAAAUGAGGAGGAUGAGGAAGAUGAGAAAGAGGAGAUGGAAACUUUAGUCAUUGAAGAGUCCAAAGAAAAGUGGGACUGUGAUUCCAUAUUGAGUACAUAUUCAAAUUUGUACAAUCACCCAAAAAUCAUAAAGGAUCCACCAAAGCUGAAGCCCAUCAAAGUAUCAAGUAAAACCGGAAUACCGCUGAAUGUCUUGCCUGAAAAAGGACUCACUGCAAAACAGGUUGAGCGCAUGCAGAUGAUCAAUGGCAGUGACCUGCCCAGAGUUUCUACACAGAAACGUGCCAAAGACGAGUCAAAGGAAGAAAGGAAAACAAGAAAGCAGACAAUAAAGGAAGAACGAAAGGAAAGAAGAUCAGAGAAGAAAGCAAAUAAAGUGGCCUUUAAAGAAGAGAAAGCAAGACAAGAGAAAGAAAUUAUGAACCUCAGAUUAAAUGUCCGGGGUCUAAAACUGUCAUAAACCUCAACAAUAAAGCAUACUUUUGACAUAUU